AUCGCAAAGUUGUGCUGCGGAAGACGGAUGCGAGGAAGAUGGCUGUAGUCAGAUAGCCCAGUGUUCGAACCAGUUUCCACCGUCAUGGCGGUUCUCCGGGUGAGAAUUAGCUGCAGGGGAGGACUGCUUGGCCUGGCUGUAGCCUUCCUCUGCUGUACCGGCUCCGUGCAGAGUUCUGGGCAAAGCCAAGACAGCGAGUUUACGUUUCUACUUCCAGCCGGAAGAUCCGAGUGUUUCUAUCAGACAGCAGUAAAGAACGGUACGAUGGAGGUCGAAUAUCAGGUGAUAGCAGGUGCAGGUAUGGAUGUGGACUUCACCAUCCUCUCCCCUAAAGGAGUCCGACUGAUCAUCGAGUCCCGCCGUUCUGACGGACUCCACGUGGUGGAGCCAAUGGAGGAAGGGGACUACGAGAUCUGCUUCGACAACAGCUUCAGCCGCUUCUCGGAGAAGAUGGUGUUCUUUGAGAUCAUCAUCGAGGGACAAGGAGGGGAUGUGGGAGGAGAUGACGAGUUCCCGGGCAUAGAGGAGCCUGAUGGGAGCCUGCUCGAGUACAAGCUGGAUGACAUCAGGGAGUCCAUGGACUCUCUGCACAGACGCUUGGAGCGCAGCCGGCAGAUGCAGACGGUCUUACGGGCUUUCGAGGCACGAGACCGAAACCUUCUGGAGGAUAAUCUCUGGAGGGUCUCGUUCUGGUCGUGUGCCAGUGUGCUGGUGAUGCUGUGUGUGGCCUUAACCCAGGUCUACACAGUUCGCAAACUGUUUGACGACAAGCGGAGGGUCUGCACAUAGAGGAAUCCUCCAUACCUGACAGGUUAAGAGUGAACAGACUGUGAGCAAUAAUGACAUUUGAUUAAAUCUCAAAGUGAAACCAGAAGGUGGAGAGGUAUGACAAAGUGGAAGUGGGUUAAUUCAUUUCAUUUAGUGCCUUUAAUGUCACGUCUGGCCGCAAACCAAUAAGGGAAUUCGUGUCAACGUGUAAAUGCAGUCCUACACCUCUGAAACUGGGUAAUGGUACUGGGAGUUUUUUCUGUAAGGUAACAUAGCUGUCAGUCAAGGUAGAAGGUCUUUCUCGCUGGUUCACAGAGGAUAACAAUGUGCAAUAGUGUUGGCUCUGCAGUUACAUUAGCGAUGGUCUCAGAGUUGAUUCUGGUGGAUUUUUUAGGGUACUGAUGUUUUUUUAUGUGUUAAUGAAGCUCCUUCCAUUUUUCAUCUUUUGACAUGUGCAGGAUGGAGGGAAGAUUUUACAAUUUGACUGCCAGUUAUGUUCACGUGUCCAAUCUGUUUCAUACGUUACACGUCUGAACGGUGUAAACAUACUGACUGUUUCUGUUUUAAGCUUCUGUCCUGUUUUUCUUUCAAAUGAUUAAAAAUAAGUCCUUUUUGUUCAUGUGGCCACAUUUUGAUCCCUUUAAGUUUGUUGGUGUUCUGUAAGGUAUGACAAAUCAGCUUUUAAUGAUAUUCAUGAAAAUAAAUGCAUUAUUUUACACUGAA